AGCGCGUGCUUGGCUGGGAACACGGCUGGCUCCCCACAGCCUGGCCAUGAGGUGCCCACCCCGCGUGGCUCUGCUGACCCCAGGCCCCGUGCUGCACGUCGGGGGGCUGCCAGCCCCAGUCCCACCGUGAGAGUGGCAUUUCCUGCUGAUCCGCAGGAAGAAAACAGCACUCAACCCAAACUGCAAUAGUGGGGACAGCAGCUCACUUCCCAGAGAGGGGGAGAGAGAGCAGCUCUCCAUUGCAACCGACCUCCAGAGCUCGCUCCAGUUUCCCCUUUUUGCCCCGGCGUGGAGCAGUGGGGACCCCUGGCGGCUCUGCGCGGCCCUGCACGGGUGGUUCGAGGGACUGGUUGUGAUCGUGCCCGAAGAGCAGUGGUCCAUGGUUCGAUGUCCGAAUGGAGAUUAGUGAUGAAUGGUGUCCCUCGGGGGUCAGUAUGGGGAAUAGUUCUCUUUAAUAUCUUCGAGAAUGACAUCGAAAGUGGGAUCGAGCGCACACUCAGCAAGUUCACGGAUGACACCAAGCUGUGUGGUGCAGUUGACACACUUGAGGGACAGGAUGCCAUCAAGAGAGUGCCAGACAGGGUCAAGCAGUGGGCCCAGCCGCCGGCCUUCGGCUUCCUCUUCGAUAUCGACGGGGUGCUGGUGCGGGGCAGCCAGGUGGUGCCCGCCGCCCGAGAGGCCUUCCGGAGGCUGUCGGACGCGGGCGGGCGGCUGCGGGUGCCCGUCGUCUUCCUGACCAACGCCGGCAACUGCCUGCGGGCGGCCAAGGCCCGAGAGCUGUCCCAGGCGCUGGGGCUGCAGGUGUCUCCGGAUCAGGUGAUCCUGUCCCACAGCCCGCUGCGGCUCUUCAGCCAGUUCCACUCGAAGAGCAUGCUGGUGGCCGGCCAGGGGCCCGUGGAGGAGAAUGCCCACAACCUGGGGUUCAAGCAUGUGGUCACUAUAGAGGAGCUGCGGAAAGCAUAUCCCCUGUUAGACAUGGUGGAUCAGAGCCGGAGGCCAAAGGAGUUGCCUCCUCCAACCACUGGCUUCCCCACUAUAGAAGGGGUGGUUUUGUUUGGUGAGCCAGUGAGGUGGGAGACAAGCCUGCAACUUAUUAUUGACGUACUCUUGAGCAAUGGGAACCCUGGGGCAGAGCCAGAAGGUAUACCAUACCCCCAUCUGCCUGUCCUUGCCUGCAACAUGGAUCUCCUAUGGAUGGCUGAAGCCAAGAUGCCAAGGUUUGGCCAUGGCACUUUCCUUCUCUGCUUGGAGAACAUCUACAAGAAGGUGACAGGCCGGGAGCUGAAGUACGAGGCCUUGAUUGGCAAACCCAGCACAGUCACCUACCGCUAUGCCGAAUACCUGAUAAAAGAGCAGGCCGAGAAACACGGCUGGAAGGCUCCCAUCCGACGCCUAUAUGCAAUUGGGGACAAUCCUAUGUCUGAUGUCUAUGGGGCAAACCUCUACAACAACUACCUCAAGUCAGCUCAACAGAACCAGGUCCAGGCUGGGGUGAAGAGGAUCCCACAGGCAGCCAAUCCCCAAACUGAGGACCACUUUGCAGUGGAGAGCUGUGAGUCGAUUCUGGUCUGCACUGGGGUCUACCGCCACAACGCAGAUGUUUCCAGGAAGCCAGAAGAGUGCAACACAGAGACUGUGUACCAUGGCCAUCGGGACUUCUGCUUUGACCCCAGCCUCGUGGAGGCAUCUUACGUAGUGCAGGAUGUGAAUGAAGCUGUGCAACUUGCUUUUGAGAAGGAGAACUGGAGUUAGGAUUAAAGACAGGUGUGCCUAAAGAACUGCUGUCAGGGGGGCAGAGGGGAAAAAUGGGGAGAGACCUGGGUUGAUCUAAUCUAGCCAACACUAAAGAGAUCUCCCCCAUUUCAGCACUAAAAGCCCCUUACUUUUACUAAUAAUCUUCCGCAAUCCUGCCAGCAGGCUUUUAAUUGUGAACUUAAAUUUCUGUGAUCGCAAUUUGAGCCAUAAUAGAAAUGGGACAUAAGGGAGAGGCUUGUCCCAGCAAUCUCAGUUUUGUUCAGCCACCAGAGUCCUUUCUUUCCUACCCUUUGUGCAUGAGGAUCAGGCAAGCAAUCUUUGAGGAUGAAGGUCUUCCCUGUGCAAGGAGCCACCAUCAGCCAAUGUACCAUUCAUACACUGUACUAUUCAUCCAGUAUGCAACAAGAGCACACCAGAAACUGUGUUGUGGUGGCCCUCUGCCAAGGGAAGGCUUUAAGUCUUACUAUUCUCCUUAUAAAGAAUAAGUGCCUAUGGACUUUAACGAAUUCUGCUUGCUUGAGGAUUUGCCACUGCAUUGCUGUCAGCCUGAAACAAAGUCCCAUUUUGCAGCUCUCUAGCAGUGAUGGAGGGCCAGAGCCCCUCAAAGGAAGCAGCAGUAGCCAGAACAACUUGCUGCAGGGUCUCAUGGGAAGUGAUUAUUUCCUCCCCCCUCUUUAGCAUUCUGUGAACGCGUCUGCCUUUUUGCAUCCCGCCUAGGGAGCCAUCAGCCUGUUCUCAAUAGCAGGAGAAACCACUGCAGAGUCUGCAUUUCCAGAGGUGUCUUUGGCCAGAGCUCGGUGUUACAGCAGGAAGGUGUUGUGGCACUCACCCUGACCCCAGCUGAUGCAAGCAACAUUGCCCUGCUCCAGCUGACACAGCUUCCAAAGAAGGGGCACUGAGAGCAAGGGCCAGCCAACAAAAGUCACAGCCCAGCCUUUUUCUUACUUUGCAUGCAGUGACUGAGAGAACAGAUUGCCAAGCCUGAGCCCCAGAUUCCAAGUCCUUAUCUCUGAGAGCAGAAGCGUCCUUCACUUUCUUUUUUCCACUUUCCACAUUUGGUUUGCAACUCAGGAGUACCCCAUAUGGUCUGAUCCCUGUUCCCUCCUCUCCCUGUAGCAUGCAAAUAGCAUCUCCUUAACAUGAACUAGCAUCUGGGACUUUUCUGUCCAGAAACAUUUCCAUAUCCCUAAUGACAUGCACCUUCUACUGCCAAUGUUUUCCUAGCUUGGGCUAUCUGGAUCAAGUCCUGUGUCUCCUUAGACAAUCCAAAGAAGUUAAGCAAGCACUGUUUGGGGAACUCCAUGUGAAAGAUUGAAUUAGCAAGGAGUGUCGUAAUUCCAGAGGAGCACUGUGAUUUUAGAAGCAUAAGUCAGUUUGCAUUUGCAAUGGAAAUUGUUUGGAACCAGCACAACAGAGUUGGUGUUCCUAGUUAUACCCAGCCUGCACCACACAGAGAUCAGAAAUAGGUCUGCUCUGCCCCCACUUCACUCCUUCCUGCUUUACCAGGCAGCUUCAUACACACGGUAUGAGCAAGAUGUUCUGUGUUGUUCUUAAUUAAAAUCUCAGCAUCCUUGUGCACUGACAUUCUGCUUCAGCAGCUUUCCAUCCUCUUGAUACUGAUGUACCUUCCUAGGAAGGUCACACUGCAGGGCAGGUUCUUUUCUUGUUUUGUUGGGCUCUGUGACUGAAUGGGUCUGGGUAUGCAGUCAAAGCAAGCAUGGCUUUUUUCUCCAGGCUUUGUUUUCUGAAUAGGAGCAAGAAAAAUACUUCUCUGGGUGAAUUUACCUGUUGUGAAAUCAGUAACAGGAAGGAGCCUCUUCCUCUCUUAGUACUAGCUGGGAUUCUUUUCCUUUGUCUUAUCAGGACACAAAUCAUUUGGCUGCUUCUGAGAGCAGCUGUAAUGUGCGGAACACUGUCUUUGAUUUGAAUCCUUUGCCUUUCACUGGAAGGAUAAAAACAAAAAGCAGAAGACCAUUUCAUCUGCUUGCACAAAACAAGGGCUCAUCUGCAAUUCCCAGAAGGAUAAAUACAGGGAAGGACUUGGCAUAUAACAUAAGGAAGGUUUUUUAGCUUUCAGAGCAUCUCCAGAGUUAUAAGUGCACUUUGGAUCCAGUGUGCAAGGCCUGAUACUAGAGGCCCAAGUCCCAUUCUUUUACUAACUCCAGUGUCCCUCAGCCACACUUUCCAUAGGCGAUAUCCAGUGCAGGAAGAGGAAUGCUCCCUUUCCUUGCAAUAUUUGCAUAGACCUCAGUGAGCUGGUUGCUGGUAAUAACUCCUGGCCAUAUCCUCUAGCUGGUAGGUAGGCACUUCUCCACAGAAAUACUAAUAAUGUUCGUCCAUGUGCACGUGCUGUGGCCUUUGGUAGAGCUCUUUCUUGUUAUUUGUUAGGACCAGGUGCUGCUGAACCAACGUUCCCUGAGGGGUGUAGCAUUACUGAAACAGCUAUCCCAGAUGGAACGGCACAGGAAUUUUGAGAAGUCGCAGGCAGCUUGUAAUUUCAUAUCAACAUACAUGGCACGUCUCAGCCAGAAGCAAAGCAGGUACUGAGAAGAAGGUGAGGAGGCUCUGUCCAGCAAAGGAACAGGUUUGCAUUUGCACAGAGAGUGAGCAGGCAUCUCCAUCUUUAGAACAGCAGUGAUGGAGAACUGAUUGAUGGGAAGCAGCUUUGGAUUCCAAAUUAGCUUUUAGCUCCAGAUUUUUUUUAAACCAUGUUAGUGUUAUAACAGUGCUCUGGGAGUCUUUAAAGUGCGUAGGAGGAACUUCAGCGAUAAGGAAUUCAAGAAAUGCUUCACUUGAGAGUUGAAAUUGAGCAGAGGGGAGAAGUCUAGAAAAUUCUUGUAGCAGGCUCCUUGCUUGUCUGCAGCUCAUCCAUGGACAUCUGUUAUUGCUAGAAUUCAAUGAAAUCCUUUUUCUCUGGAAUUGCAGUUUCCUGGAAUGAGCUUCAAGUGUAGCUGGAACAUAUCCUUUCCUGUAUCUCAUGUACUGCAUUUCAGACGCCACAUUUCUCUGGUUUGGAGUAAGCAUACUUCUGUGCAAAUUAUCGGACCAAGCAAGGACAGGGGACUUCACUUCCUCUUCUGAUCCCUUAAGAUUUAUAUGGUGCACUACCUUAUGCAAUGAACAUAGCGAAGACCUGAUCCUAACAGCUCCAUCUUUCACAGAUGGAGAGGUUUUAGGCAACUCUUAAGAAAGUACAUGGUGAGUUCAGGCAACUGAGAAUAGCAGGGGGGAACUGAAGGAGGGUCUGACCUAACUUUGGAUCUGAAGCAGAGAGCUUUUAUGUCAUGCAAUAACACGGAGGUCAGAGAGGACAAUUCUUUUAUUCCACAGGACAAAUGCAACCACUAGCCUGGCAUUCAGGGAAUCAUAUAACUCUACUGUACCCUUUCUUCCAGUCUUAAUCCUGGUGUCUUUCUACCCUUCCCUCCCCCACUCCAUAAAUGGGUAAUGUAUUGAAUUACGUCGUGUACACUGUAUCGGGGUGAUUAUGUAUGGUACAGAGAAAUCACAAGAUGUGUUUGUUUUAGCAUUCAAAUCAAGUUUAACCCAGAUCCAGAGCUGCUCCUUUGAACUAGCACAUUUAAAAAUAAUAAAAGAGGUUUUCUUUGAAAUAAAUUUUAGCAUGCUGUAUGGA